AUGCGCUACCAGCCGCCGCCGCCGCAGUGUGCGCGCCCGCAGGAUGCCGCCAUCAGGAACCACCACAUAUUCCCACCCUCAAUGAACUUACAACCUGGUCUUCCAUACAAGAUGUACGGCGGCAAUGAGGGCUCAUUAACAGAGAAGCGCAAGCAACGUCGCAUCCGUACAACGUUCACGUCCGCGCAGCUCAAGGAAUUGGAGCGAGCGUUCCAGGAGACCCAUUACCCUGACAUCUACACGCGCGAGGAGAUCGCCAUGAAGAUAGACCUCACAGAAGCUAGGGUACAGGUAUGGUUCCAGAACAGACGGGCAAAGUUUCGUAAGCAGGAACGCCUGGCACAGCAGAAGGCGGGCGAGGCGCCUGUGAAGGCGGAGGGCAAGCGUGACAAGCCCGGAUCCCCCGCCUCCCCGCAGCACACGCCGCCUGCGGCCACGCACCACAGCCUGCCGCAUCUCUCCCCACCUGACCUCAAACCUAUCACCUCCGCAGCGAACAAACUUUGCGAUGAGCUAAACGGUGUGGGCAGCGGUGGAGGUGGAAUGCCUCCAGUGAGCAGCGCCGGCGGCAAGUGGGCCGGCGGCUGCGGCCUGUUGCGACAGCCCUCCGGCUUCCCACUACUGGGCGUCGCGCCCCCCAACUACCUACUCUCCGACCAUCUCGGCACUCUAGCCAAAACGAACAACCAUCUUUUCUAAUGGACUGUACCACGCGAUGAUUCCGACCUUACCACAGAUGAUACACUGAACGCGUACUACUCGUCCUUG